GCAGUCCUCAUCGUUUGUCUUUUUGUUGCCAUUUGUUUGAUACAGUUUCUCACUUUGUGGCCUAGGAUACCCCACACUCAUGCUGCCCCCCGUUCAGCAUCUGGAAUGCAGGGAUUGGAGGUUUUAAGGCAGAAGAGGAAAGGAGGGUCCUCACAGAAGAAGCCAAGUUAGAGAAGAACAAUGAAACUCCGGCAGGGCCCAUGAGACCCACCACAGAACCACUGGCUGCCAAGCCAUGGUAGUUGGAGCGCCCCUCUGUGGUCCCCAUCACACAAGGCCACUUUCUACCACACACUACAGCUGAGGCAGGCUCUCUCAAUCAAACCCAGAGCUCCUGGAUAUGGCUAGUAACAGGAGUCAGCUUGUUCCGGGGAUUCCAUCUUUCUGUCUUCCAAGGUUGGACUUACAGAUGGCCACCAAUGCCCACCCAACAUUUAACAUCUACAUUUAAUGGCUAAGUCAACUUCUCAGCCAUGCCAUGUUAUUGUUAAGGGUAGAUACUUUUAAAUAAAAUCGUAUUUAGGGUUGGGGAGAUAGGUCAUAGUAGAAAGCACACUAAUACAUUUAAAGUUAAUUUUAUCCCUUGUCAGUUAAUUCCCUAAUAAAAUCUAAAUGUGUAUCCUAGUGUUAUAGGCAGUUGUCAUACAUUGCUUUGAAAAUAUGACAAGUUUUCCACUGUGGUUACUGAUGAAGAUAGAUAAAAAUCACUCAAGUCAGGGGUCUGAAUCUACAUCAGUUAAAUUAGCUGCUCCCUUUUUUCCAAAUGUCAUUCAUCCACUAACAUGCAGCUACAAUUAAAGGGGUGGUAGUGAGGGUUCGAGGGCAGCGAGGCUUGCUCAGCCAGUGAUCACAUGGACACUGAGCAAUUUCCAUUGCUCAUGACUGGAAACCCCGCUAGUCAGAUGAAUUACAAGAAUCUUUGACUAUGGGGAGGAAAAGAGAAAAAUGCCUUGAGCACUCUAUGUGCUUCCAUUUAUAUAACUAUAUUCCUUCCUAAAAUAUAAUGUUCUGUCUUUACUUUCUUUUCAAAAAGCCAUUGUAUUUUUCCUAUCAUAUCUUCAAGCCAAAUGACCAUUGUCCUGGGCUUAUUAAUUUAUCACCCUCUGAACAUAUCGAACCAAGUAGUAAUAAAAAUGCCGAACUUCAGCGCCAUCCUUUCUGAUUUCUGGAAGAGCAUUGGACAAAUUUAUAGUAAAACUAUUGACCAAGCCCAUCACAGCUUAGGCGCAACGGUAACAGGUUCCUAGUAACCAGAACUUAAGAGAUUUUCACUGUUUGUACUUUGGGCUGAUCAAUAGAAAGUACAUAAGACUGAACGAGGGAAAUAAAGGGAGGCUGGGAGUUCUUUUAUGUGGCUCGUUCUUCUAAUGCACAUGCUUGUCACAGGCUCCCUGACAUCAGGUUCUGUGUUAACUUGUGUUGAUUGUUUGCCCAGCUGUGUUUAGAGUUCCGCAUGACAGGGAGUGCUGUGCAGUGACUGGAGAUAGCAACGGUGGAGAUUUUGGAAGUACUUCUAAAAGCAAGUGUAUGAGUUUGCUAAUGGAUUUUGGAAACUCAAAUUGUUCAGCUGUUCCUGCUGCCUCUGCCUUUUCCAAGCUAAAACAAGGGUGGUCUUGAGCCUGUGCAAAUUCAACUCAUAGUCAACUUAAGGGUCUCAGUGGAGAACUUCCAGUAGAGAGGCAGGAGAGGCAGGCUUGGCAGCCUGUUUCUCUCAACCAAAUAAAAUUCUGUGGUGAAGUUGGGAACAACAUGGACCCCUUCAUUUAUGUUCCUGCUCACCUGUAUUUUCUACAUUGGUAUGAGGUGAACGUUCAUAGAAUGAGACCAGCAGGCAUUUGAGAACUGUGAGGGGUGUCAGGUAUAUUUUGUAAAUGCAUGGCCUUUCGAAAGCGGUUCUUAACAGGUCCCUGCUGGCUGCAGCCCAAGCUACUUUCUAGCCCAGAAAGAAAAGAAGCAUAAUUACCGUGUUCCCUUGUGGUUCACUUAAGCUAUCCCUCCAUCUUAAUGACAGUGAGGUAAUAGGUGGUUGAUUUCUCAGCCACUCAUGCUUAGAAUGCUUAGAAUUGUGUCUGGCAACACUGGUUCGCUUACAUAAAUGGUUUAGCAAAAUUUCAAUGCCUAAGGUAGGCUUUUUCUUUUAAAUUCUUUUACAUUAAGAGGGGAAAAAAACAAAAAGAAAACCACUUGACGUUAAUUCUGACUCAACAAGGCUCAGGUUAGUGAACUAUUGUGGACUGCCAAGAACUUAGUGACAUAUCACUUUAGAAAUGAUGGGUGCUAACCAAUUACUGAUCUUAUAUUGCACUGACAGUCUUGGCAUUGAAAGAGGAAGCUGUUCAGAAUGAUAAAUGGAUAUGACAAUUUAUUAAAGAUCAAAGGCGCGAUGAGCAUUGGGUACAGAUGCAUCCAUUUAGAAAGGGCAUAGGAGAAGAAAAACAAAAGAUAAAAACAAUUCAGAGUGUAGAAAUUUAAACUUUGAGAUGAAAGGCACAUCCGUAGUACAUAUUAAAUUUAUUUUUUUAGAUGCAAAAAUUCUAGAAAUUUAGCAGCUGUGUGCCCUGAAGGUAAAGGAAGACAUGCAUGAAACACAAUUCUAGGGCCUUCAUGACAUCAUGUCCCCUUUGUUCUCUUCUGGUCUUUGACAAGCUACCACAGAUUAAGGCUUCUGGUUUGGCCACAGUCCUUCCCAUGGUCUGGUUAAUUUCGGUGCUGGGUUCCCUCCCUCAAAUGGAAGGGAACAUAAAGUGCUAGGACUGAAAAAGCUUCCAGACAACUGCAUGACUCUGUGGCAUUUUGCUAAACCAAGUAAGAGAAGAGACACAGUGAUAUUCUUAACAGCACAUGUGAUUCACAAAUCCUGUACAUAUACACCAUGGAAUACUAGUCAACUAAAAGAAAAAUAAACUCAUGCGGGGGUGGCGGUGCAUGCUUCUAAUCCCGGCACUUGGGAAGUGGAGGCAGGUGGAUCUUUAUGAGGUCAUGAACAGCCUGGUCUACUCAGUGAGUUCAAAGGAUAGCCAGGACUACACAGUGAGACCCAGUAUGGAAAAAAAAAAUGGAAAAGAAAGAAAGGAAAGAAGAAAAAAAUUGUGAACUUUGUACUUUGCUAGUAAAUGGAGGGAACUAGAAAAGAUCAUAUUGAGUGAGGUAACCCAGAGCCAGAAAGACAAAUGUCACAUGUUGUCUCUCCUCUGAGUUCCUAGCUCUAAAGCUUCAGAUGUGACUACUGUAGUAACUGCAGAACCAGCAAAGUAAAAGAAAACAUUGCAGCAAUGGGUGGACAGCAGUGAUCUGAAGGGAAAACAGGGGACUCUGAUUAGGAAGGGGGAGGAAGAUAAAUACAGAAUAACAAGGGAGGAGAGUACAGUAACAGUAAGGAUAUCUGAAAAAAAUCCAUGAAAAACCUUACUAUUACAUACCUAAAAAUGCCAAAAUAAAAAGCCACAGAAGUCUGAAUAUAAACAUACCUAUAUACUGUAAAUGAAAUUUUUACAUCUGAGCUGACAAUCUAACAAAAGUGCCAGCACUUUUGUAUGAAAGCCCUCUCUUGAGCUGCCAGUCAGGUUUGCACAAGAGACUCCCAAUAUUUUAUUGGAUUCUACUGUUGCCCUUGACUGCCCCACACACACACCCCAAGCUAAAAGUCCCUAUUGCUGAAGAUACCAUCCACUUCAGACACAGAGCCCAGAUGCCCUCUGGUGGUUUGAACAGGAAUGUCCCCACAGGCUCAUCUAUGCGAAUGCUUAGUCAUUAGGGAGUGGCACUAUUUGAAAUGGAUUAGGAGGUGUGGCCUUGUUGGAGUAGGUAUGGCCUUGUUGAAGGAAGUGUGUGAGUCAUUGCGGGUGGGCUUUGGGGUUUCAAAAACUCAAGCCAGACCCAGCGUCUCUCUCUUCCUGCUGCCUGCUGAUCCGGAUGGAGAACUGUCAGCUCCUUCUCCAGCACCUUGUCUGCCUGCAUGCCGCCAUGCUUCCCACCAGGACGAUAAUGGACUAAACCUCUGAAAUUGUAAGCCAGCCCCAAUUAAAUGUUUUCCUUUAUAAGAGUUGCCGUGGUUGUGAUGUCUCUUCACAGCAAGAGAACGUUGACCAGGACAUCCACGCAGCGGGAUAUGGCCUGAAAAUCUCUCUGACACUGACUUUCAUAGCACCUAGAAAAGCUUCCAAAGAGGGAAGCAACAGAUAUCCCUACCCAUCUAUGACACCUAUGAAGCACAGCAAGGACGAACAUGCCCUAUAACCCUAAGGGAGCAGGAGAGGCGUGAUCCUGUGGUAACCAAAUCUCUCUAACCGAACGUAAGACUCACUCAGUGGGAGGAAACUCUUUUCUGGUGGAGGAAACGCAGUCAACUGCCCGCAGCUGGUGAGGAGAAGGACCUACCGCCCCCACUUUACACAGAAUCCCCAGCCACAAUCUAAACACGUGUCCUCCUAAUCACAGAUGAGUGCAGUGUUCACCCCUUAUACUGAGCCCAUUGCAGAAAAGCCCAGCCUUGGAUUUUAGGAACUGCAGUGUCGGGGGGCGGGGCCUCGCCGAGCAUCCUGGGCUGGGCGCCUCAGCCGGCUCGGCCACCCUCCCCUCCACUGCCUCCCUUCAACCUUGUCGGCGGUCUCCGUCACAGAGGAGGCCGCAAGUCACAGAGGCGGCCCCUCCGUCACAGCCGCAGCCCUUACCCUCCCCGCUCCCUUCCCGCGGGGUCCCAGAGUGCGGCCCGCCAUGGCUCUGCUCAGUGCAGUAGCCCGGCUCUGGAGAGCCAAGAAUUCAUCCUGUCUCGUCCUUGCCGCCCGGCACGCCAGUGCUUCUUCCACGAAUUUGAAAGAGGUGCUGGCCCAUCUGAUACCUAAGGAGCAGGCCAAAAUUAAGGCCUUCAGGCAGCAACAUGGGAAGACAGUGGUGGGCCAGAUCACUGUGGACAUGAUGUACGGCGGCAUGAGAGGCAUGAAAGGGAUUGUAUAUGAAACAUCCGUGCUUGAUCCUGAUGAGGGCAUCCGUUUUCGAGGCUACAGUAUCCCUGAGUGCCAGAAAAUGCUCCCUAAGGCUAGGGGAGGGGAAGAACCCCUGCCUGAGGGCUUAUUUUGGCUGCUGGUAACUGGACAGAUACCAACAGAGGAGCAGGUAUCGUGGCUCUCACAAGAAUGGGCGAAAAGGGCAGCUCUGCCUUCUCAUGUGGUCACCAUGCUGGACAACUUUCCCACCAAUCUGCACCCCAUGUCCCAGUUCAGCGCGGCCAUCACAGCCCUCAACAGCGAGAGUAAGUUUGCCCAGGCCUAUGCAGAGGGAGUCCAUCGCACAAAAUACUGGGAGUUGGUCUAUGAAGACUGUAUGGACCUGAUUGCAAAGCUACCCUGCGUUGCUGCAAAGAUCUACCGGAACCUUUACCGGGAGGGCAGCAGCAUUGGGGACAUUGACUCUAAUCUGGACUGGUCCCACAAUUUUACCAACAUGUUAGGCUACACUGAUGCUCAGUUCACUGAGCUCAUGCGUUUGUACCUCACCAUCCACAGCGACCAUGAGGGUGGUAACGUCAGUGCCCACACCAGCCACUUGGUGGGCAGCGCCCUUUCAGACCCGUACCUGUCCUUUUCAGCAGCCAUGAACGGGCUAGCGGGGCCUCUCCACGGACUAGCAAAUCAGGAGGUGCUUGUCUGGCUAACGCAGCUACAGAAGGAAGUUGGCAAAGAUGUGUCUGAUGAGAAAUUACGAGAGUACAUCUGGAACACCCUCAACUCAGGACGGGUGGUCCCGGGAUACGGUCACGCAGUUCUAAGGAAGACUGACCCGCGAUAUUCCUGUCAGCGAGAUUUUGCUCUGAAACAUCUACCGGACGACCCCAUGUUUAAGCUGGUUGCUCAGCUGUACAAGAUUGUGCCCAACGUCCUCUUAGAGCAAGGGAAGGCCAAGAACCCUUGGCCCAAUGUCGACGCUCACAGCGGGGUGCUGCUCCAGUACUACGGCAUGACCGAGAUGAACUACUACACGGUGCUGUUUGGAGUGUCGAGGGCGCUGGGGGUGCUGGCGCAGCUCAUCUGGAGCAGAGCCCUAGGCUUCCCUCUGGAAAGGCCCAAGUCCCUGAGCACCAAUGCUCUGAUGAAGUUUGUGGACUCUAAGUCAGGGUAAACUGGGAGACUGGGGAAACUGACUGUGAGAGAACAAGGAAGCUUAAAAAUAAAGUAAAAUUGUUUCAA